UGCGCGCCAGUUGUAAACAUGGAACCGUCUGCUAAACAUCAUGUUAAAUGAAGAUUUUAACUUUAUUGACGGCGAAAAUUUUUGAAAUCGGUUUAAGAAAAUGGCCAUGGGCAUUACGAAUAGUCGUCCAAUUUGUACAUAUCCCAUUCCCAUGUCCAUCCAAAGCAAGUUGGGUAAAGCUGGCUUUCUUACGACAGGUUCUGUUGCAAACCUACGGCCUUCAGAGCUUUCUUCAAGUGCAGAGAUAUCUCUAGAAGAUGCUGCAGACGUGCUAGAUCUUGUAAGAAAACCACACGGAUUAUUCCUUGAAACUAAAACUGCUCUGGAAAUUCUAAGAGAAGAACAAAAGAAUUGUCCUAUUGUCACUAUGAGUCAAAAUGUUGACAAACUUCUAAAUGGAGGUAUCCAUCUAUCUAAAGUAACAGAAGUUUCUGGAAUUGCAGGUGUUGGAAAAACUCAACUUUGUCUCCAGUUGUGUGUCACUGUACAAAUACCAGAAGAAUGUGGAGGGCUUAAAGGCAAUGCAGUGUUUAUUGAUACAGAAGGAAGCUUUAAUACUUCUAGACUUCAAGAUAUGAGCCUUGCAUGCAUUGAGCACUGCAGAAAUUCCAUGAAUUUAGCAGCUGAAAAUUGGAAUUUGGCCUCAAUUACAGAAAAUAUCUUUGUAUUCAGAUGUAAGGAAGUGACUGAGCUUCUUUCAUGUGUAAUGAUACUGAAGGAGUUUCUUAAAACACAUGAUCAGGUCAAACUAAUAGUAAUAGACAGUUUAGCCUUUCAUUUUCGUCAUGAUUUGGAAAAUGCAGCCUUACGCAGCCGCGUACUGCAUAAAAUCGCCGCCGAACUCGCCCGCCUUGCUGUUGAAUCGAAACUUGCUGUGGUCGUAACAAAUCAAAUGACAACAAAAUUCGAUUCUAAAGGACAAGGUCGCUUAACUCCCGCUCUCGGUACAUCUUGGGGACACGCCCCCACUUUUCGCCUUAUCUUGGACUGGGAUCCGUCACGAAGUUUCAGAUGGGCAACUCUUAUAAAAUCUUCUUCAUUACCACCUGGCUCUGCACCCUACCAGGUUGUUCAAGACGGCAUACGGGAUGUUUGUUUCGACAAAGAAGUAACACCUCCAAUUGCUAUUGUUGAGGAUGGUAUUCCAGGAAUAAUUUUCAGUAACUCUGACGUCUGAAACAUUUUUGUCCAGUACCUUCUCAUCGCUGCUAACAGUUUAUGUUUGUCAUAUAAUUAGUCCCUAUA